UAAUAGAAAAUACAAAAUCUUCUUAAACUAAAGCCCAAACCCUGACCGACCCUCUCUCCCUAUAAAAUAAAAUAUAAAUACAUACGCAAACCAAACCCCCUCAAAUCACAAUUUUCUCAUCACCUGUUUUCGUAAGUUUUGUUGUUGUUUUUUCGUUCUACCAAAAUCAAAAUUUCAAUGGCCGCAGAAAAGAAGUCGAUAGUUUUGAAGAGCUCCGAUGGCGAGACUUUUGAGGUCGAUGAGGCCGUCGCUGAGUUGUCGCAAACCAUAAAGCAUAUGAUCGACGAUCAAUGCGCCGAUACCGCCAUCCCUUUGCCUAAUGUGACCAGUAAGAUCUUGUCCAAAGUGAUUGAGUAUUGUAAAAAGCACGUUGAACACAAAGCUGACGAGGACAAGCCUGCUGAUGACGAUCUGAAAACUUUUGAUGCUGAUUUCGUUAAAGUCGAACAGGGCACUCUCUUUGAUCUUAUCUUGGCUGCCAACUAUCUGAACAUCAAGGAGUUAUUGGACCUGACCUGCCAAACUGUAGCCGAUAUGAUCAAAGGUAAGACUCCAGAUGAGAUUCGGAAGACAUUCAACAUCAAGAAUGAUUACACCCCUGAAGAGGAGGAGGAGGUUCGCCGUGAGAAUGCCUGGGCUUUUGAAUGAACUCAAUAAGGUCUCAACAGUUCAUUCAAGUAGUGUAAAGAAUGGGCUUCUCUUUUUGUUUAGAAAAUCUAACUUUUUUUUUUUGUCUUCCAUUUUUUGUGAUAUCAUGGGUAUGGUAAUAUCUGUUCGGAACAUGUGUUGAACUCGUAUCGGUUUUAAAGGCAACCCUUUAUUAGACAUAUUUUCUUAUUUCACCAAAAGCUACUAUACAUUAUAUUUU